UGUUUGCUGUGUGUUAUCUCACAGUAUCAAGAACUACACGAGGGCCGUGGUCGGAUCUCUGACGUCAUGGCUGCUCGAUCAGCGCGGGUUGUGGUGAUACAGCCCUGGGCGGCGCCUGUAGGAGUAAUCACUACCACAACAUACGGGGGAAAUACGACAGUUGUCCCGGCUCUGGGCCAGCAGGGUUACCCUCAACCACAGCAAGGGUACCCUCCACCCCAGCAGGGGUACCCUCCACCACAACAAGCCGGGCAGCAGGGGUACCCUCCACCACAACAAGCCGGGCAGCAGGGGGUACCCUUCACCACAACAACUCGGGCAGCAGGGGAGGCGUGA